UUUCAGAAAGAUACAAUAGGACAAUGGCUAUUAGAAAGAGUAUGCGAGAAAUUGAAUAUUGUAGAAAAAGAUUAUUUUGGUCUCCGAUAUGUGGAUUCAGAAAAACAGAGACAUUGGAUAGAUCCCAUCAAACCAGUGUACAAACAACUCAAGGGUGUAAGCCCAAUGGUUUUGUGUUUUCGAGUCAAGUUUUACCCAGCAGAACCAAUGAAGUUACAUGAGGAGAUUACACGAUAUUUCAUGUUUCUACAGUUACGUAGAGAUUUACACCAUGGCCGACUUCUCUGUUCCCCACAAGACGCUAUUCUACUUGCUGCAUACAUUGUACAGUCUGAAGUAGGUGAUUAUGACCCUGUGGAUCAUCCUAAUGGAUAUAUCAGUGAAUUUAAAAUGUUGCCUAAACAAAACCCUAAAAUGGAAGAACAAAUCAUGGAGGCACACAAAAAUCUGAAGGGCCAAGUACCAUCAGAAGCUGAAAAUAAUUUCCUUAUAAAAGCCUGUCAACUAGAUACAUAUGGUGUUGAUCCACAUCAAGUUAAGGAUUCCCGAGGUGAUCAGCUAUAUCUAGGGGUAACACAUCAGGGUAUAAUGACCUUCAGAGGAAGCAGAAGAACACAGUUAUUCAAAUGGAACCAGAUCCGAAGGUUGGCAUAUGAGGGGAAGAUGUUUAUUGCUCAUGUGAACAUCACGGAGAAACAGCAGCCAAUUGGAUAUAAAUGUGCAACAACUGCAGCAUGUAAAUAUUUGUGGAGAUGUGCAGUAGAACAACAACUUUUCUUCACAUUGUCAUCUUCUAUCAACACGCCAAAGGUUAAAUCUGGUGGAACUCUGUUUUCUCGAGGAUCAAAAUUCCGUUUUAGUGGGCGUUGUCAGGCAGAGGCUUACGUAGCCAGUGAAAACAUUAAACGAGAUGAACCUCCCUUUACAAGGUGA